AUGUCGAUAGACAACAACCAGCCCACAUACGUCCAAUCCACGGCCACCAUGGACUGCUCCACCAUCUCCACCCACGCAACCCGUAUCACCAACACCUUCAUGACCUCCCUCGACGACGAUCUCGCUUCAAACCAGUACCGUGAGAAAGAAGGUGCCAUCCUGAGUCAGUCUCGAGAUUCUAUCAAGCAAGAUCUCAGCCAUGCCGUCUCUGCUGUUCUGGAGUUUGAGAUAGAUACCAGGAAGAGAGAGGGAGAGACGGUGGGGAGUAUGGAUAAUGUGGCGUUUACGCCGAGUGUGAUAGUUCCCGCUACUGGGGCGGGGGUACAGAUGUCGGGAUACCUUUCGGGUGAUGGAUGGUCAGGGAGUAGUACAGUCUUUAAAGUUCCUCUCGCGCCGCUCAAGUAG